AUUCAACUUAUGCCUGUCGAAAGCGCUGCAAUCCAAGUUCAAUGGACAUCUCCAAACAAAGCUAUUGUCGGAUGCAACAAUACUAGUUUACUAAAUGUCAGCUCUCGUUACGAAUUUGGUCAAAAAAUUAGAAAAGUAGCUGUCAUAGGAGCUGGUCCAGCAGGGCUUCCUACAGCAAAACUCUUAUUGGAUGAAGGGCUUCAGGUCAAGAUAUUUGAAAGAAAUACUGCUUCAGGUGGAACAUGGAUCUUUCAUGAAGAGAAGCCGUUAAAUCCAGAAUUUCCAUCAGAAGUGCCUACGAAGGUAGUUAAGCCUAGCCUUCCUCCUGGCCAAGAAAAACUUCCAUUCAAGCAAGUGAAGCAGUUAAGCGAGCAAGGAAUAAAAGAAGAGUUGUUACGUCUUAACCCUCCAACGCCUUGCUAUCGCUCUUUAAAGAACAAUGUGCCAACACCAUUGCUUAAAUAUAAAGACCUUGACUGGCCAAAAGGCACUCCAUGGUUUACAACACAUGAAAAAAUCCUGGAAUAUCUUCAGUUAUAUUCAGCCCACUUUAAACUUGAUGAAAUAACUGAAUUUAAUACUUCUGUCGAGAAACUGACAGAACUCCCGAACCAGUCUGGCUGGAAAGUGCUAACAAAGACUGCACACCUUGAUCAAGAGUCAAAUAAAGUUGAAAUAGUAUGGAAAGAAGAGACAUUUGAUGCCGUUGUAGUCGCCACCGGUCAUUAUCACGCACAGUAUGUCCCAGACUUUCCUGGUCUAUCAGAAUGGCGAAAAAAAUGGCCAAGUAGUGUGAUCCAUUCAAAAGAAUACAGAGAACCUGAUAGCUUUAAGGACAAGACUGUCCUUUUGAUUGGCAACGGAACUUCUGCUCUUGACAUUGCUCGUGAUAUUCGCAAGCAUGCAAAAAAAAUAUAUAACUCUGUAAGGGAGAGCAAACACGGCUAUGAUGAACGGUAUCAGAAGCUGAGAGAAGAGGUUGCAAAACUUGUCCCAAAAAACGUUCAACGUGUUGGAGAGAUUCGACGCUUUAGACAAGACAGAUUGGAAGAUAGUGUUCAAUCUGCCGUAGUCGAAUUAGUCGAUGGAACUGAAAUAACUGACAUAGACUACAUCAUUGUCUGCACUGGAUAUCUGUUCAGCUUUCACUUUUUAGAAGACUUACACGAUGAUGAGGAAAUCAACUCAAGGCGUGGGUAUUCUAUAGACGAGAAGCGAGUCUUGGUCAAGAACGGAGUCCAAGUAUUUAACCUUCACAAGGACAUAUUUUACAUACCAAAUCCCACGCUGAGCUUUGUUGGCAUCCCUUUCCAUAUCGCAACAUUUUCUCUGUUCGAGUUUCAAUCUUAUGCAGUUGCCCGUGUCUAUUCUGGUGCUGCUAAACUCCCUAAUGUGGACGCAAUGAGGGCCGAAUGGCUUGAACGGGCGCGUCAGAAAGGUCUCGGUCGAGAAUUUCAUGCUUUAGGCUCAGAGCUUGAACUUGUUUAUAUAAAAGAUAUUGUCAAUUGGUUAAACGAAGAUGGCAAAGCUCUAGGUAAACCAAUCAUACAGGAGCAUGAUCAAGAAUGGAUAAAGGUUAGAAGCAAGAGCUUAGAAGCUCUAGUAAAAUCUCUAAAGUUAAAUGAUGACUAAGCUAGCUGAUAUUGUUAAUAAAAAAUUGGGCUUUUUGAUAAAAGACAGGCAUAUCAUAA